AAUAUAGGCGCCGUUGUUUUGCCUUAAUUAGCCAGAUCUAAUCCACUGUUCAUCUGAUGUAGCAGACAUGACAUAGCAUAAAUUGCACAUGAUCGGACACUAUCUUUGCCUGCUUGCUUUGCUACAAUACAGCCUGCCUGAGCAGUGUAUCACACUGUCGUCUGUCGUCGUCGUGCCGCUGAUCAAUUUGGCCAAAGCAAUGGCGAUGGCGAGCGCGAACGUCCUCCUCCUCCCCGAGGCCGGCUCCGGCCACCUCAUGUCGCUGAUCGAGGCCGGCAAGCGGCUGCUCGCUCACGGCGGCCGGGGCGACGGCGAGGGCCCCGCGGUGACCGUCACCGUGCUGGUCGUCCGCCCGGCGACGUCCGAGUCGGCCGCCGAGGUCGACGCGCACGUCGGGCGCGUCGAGGCAUCCGGGCUCGGCGUCCGGUUCCACCGCCUCCCCGCCGUCGAGCCGCCGCCGAUGGGCUGCGCCGCCGGCAACGUGCAGGAGUUCAAGUCGCGGUACAUGCAGCUGCAGGCGCCCCACGUGAGGGCUGCGGCGGCGGAGCUGGGCGCCGCGGCGCUCGUCGUCGACUUCUUCGCCACCGGCGUGCUCGACGCGGCCCGCGAGGCCGGCGUCCCGACGUACGUGUACUUCACGUCCACCGCCGCGUUGCUCGCGCUGAUGCUGCGGCUGCCGGCGCUGGAGGAGGAGGUCCCCGUCGACUUCGAGGAGUUCGACGGCACGGUCGACGUCCCCGGGUUGCCGCCGGUGCCCGCUGGUUCCCUUCCCGCGUUCAUGGGACGCAAGGAGAGCCCGAACUUCAAGUGGUUCCUCUACCACGGCCGCCGCUUCAUGGACGCCGACGGCAUCAUCAUCAACACAGUGGCCGAGCUUGAGCCGGCCCUCCUCGCCGCGAUCGCCGACGGCCGUUGCGUGCCGGGACGAACGGCGCCGCCGCUGUACCCGAUCGGCCCGGUGCUCGACCUCGAGGACAAGCCGUCGUCGAACGCUCGCUGCGUCCGGUGGCUCGACGCGCAGCCGCCGGCGUCGGUGCUGUUCCUCUGCUUCGGGAGCAUGGGCUGGUUCGACGCCGCGAAGGCGCGCGAGGUCGCCGCGGGGCUCGAGCGCAGCGGCCACCGCUUCCUGUGGGCGCUGCGUGGCCCGCCCGCCGCCGGCACGGUGCACCCGACGGACGCGAGCCUCGACGAGCUCCUCCCGGAGUGGUUCCUGGAGAGGACCAAGGGGAGGGGGCUCGUGUGGCCGACGUGGGCGCCGCAGAAGGAGAUCCUCGCCCACGCCGCCAUCGGCAGCUUCGUGACGCACUGCGGGUGGAACUCGACGCUGGAGAGCCUGUGGCACGGCGUGCCGCUGGUGCCGUGGCCGCUGUACGCGGAGCAGCGCCUGAACGCGUUCGAGCUGGUGCGCGACAUGGGCGUGGCCGUGCCGCUCGGGGUGGACGGGAAGCGGCGGGACAGCUUCGUGGAGGCGGCGGAGCUGGAGCGCGCGGUGAGGUCGCUGAUGGACGACGCGUCGGAGGUGGGGAGGAAGGUGAGGGAGAAGGCGGCGGAGAUGAAGGCCGUGUGCCGGAACGCCGUGGCGCCGGGCGGCGGCUCGUCGUACGCCGCGUUGCAGAGGCUGCUCGGGGCAAUUCGCGGCGGCUUCUCGACUAUGACCCAGUGACGUGCAGCCGCGGCGUGCGUGCGGCUGGUUUGAGUGUGAGUGUGAGUGUUCGUCGUCACUACCGCUAAAUUUUUAUUUGAUGGAUCCAACGGUCAGGGUGCAGUCCUCGAUCGGCCGCCUUGAACUAAUUUGCCAGCUUUGAUCUGAUUUUGGCUGUUAUGUUACACUGUAAUCAGUAGCCGAAAAUGUCUGCCAGUUCAUGGUGAGCGGAUCGCAUUAGCUCACUGUGAAUUCUUUUUUUUGCUUUACACUGUUUUCUGUUGAACAAGACACGACAAAACAUUGUAAUGUUGGAAUUAGUUGUACCAAAAUUUGGACUUGAUAAAUAUAAGUUGUACUCCCUCCGUCCCAAAAUAAAUGUAGUUUUGCACUA